AUGUGGAUGGCGAUGGAGGGAAUCCAUUUUUUAUCCAACGACAUUGUGAUGCUAGAUGAGGGAAUUGGAGGUAGCAGGCGACAUCCCUCCUUGGCGCGCCGCAGCAGGGAAGAGACGGGUGAGCAGCUUACGAACGGUCGAGUUCAUGACCAGCAGUGCCUCCACUUCCGUUUGUUCACAGCGGAACAAACCACCAGCCCCAACGCCUCAUCCAAAACAUCACCAAAAAAUCAAAUCCAGGAAACCAAAACACAGCCAGGCCACACAGUCCUGAAUCUCCAUCCCAUGCGCGACCCUGACGGGCGGGAAAGGGAUCGACAACGCUGCAUCCUAGUCAUGCACAGGAUGACGGUGUUGAGCCGCUCUACGGAUGCCAUUUGA